AUGAUGAAGUCUAUAUAUCCCAAAACAGAAUCACAGUCAGAGUAUCUGAAUUCUGGCACGGAAUUGAACGGUGCAGGUACAUCAACUCCUACGAUGGCUGCUUCUUCUAAUGGAUCGCCCACUUCACAUGGUAAGCGAAAUGCAAGUGCAACAAUAUCAUCAACAAGCAUCCAAAGUAAACGGAAAAAGUCUAGUGUUCCCGGGAACUUUGAUAUGGCUUCAAGUAAUGCGAAUGUUUCAACCUCAGGAGGUUUCGCACCAGGUACGGGGGGGUCGGCCUCCUCCAGUUCUGCUGCUGCUGCUGCUGCUGCUGCCAGUAAACAUAGGCCUGUUACAAGUUGCAGUUAUUGUCGUCAACAUAAGAUCAAAUGCAAUGCUUCAGAGUUGUUCCCCAGUCCAUGCACCAGAUGCGAACGUAUGGGGCUCAAAUGUGAAAUAGAUCCAGAGUUCAAACCUAAAAAGGGUUCUCAAAUACAACUGUUGAAAAAUGAUGUCGAUGAAUUAAGAGCAAAGAUCGAGUUACUCACGAAGAAUGAAUCGCUUUUAACUCAAGCUCUAAACCAACAUAAUCUAAUUUUCCUUCAACAACAACAACGACAACAACAACAACUGAAUCAAACUUAUUAUCCUCAGAACGGUUCACCUACGACUUCAAGCAUUCAUUCUAAUUCUCAAGGGGCAGCCACUAUACCAGCCAAUUCUCCAAACGUUUCAACUCCACAUCAAAGGUCGAUAAUCAACGACACGAUACCAUCGUCACAAUUUAUUCAACAAGAUCAGACACCAUCACAAAAGACAUUCACCAAUCAGACAUCGUCAUUCCCUCCAAUAAUAAGUAAUAAUACCACCUUGACGAAAAUUGGUCUGUUGAUUCAAGAGUCAGCAGAUUCCAUUAGUGAUCAGAAAAAGGAUACUUCUGUGCUUAACAUUUCAGAGUUCAUUAUUGGCGACGUUCGACUACUGUUGGAAAAGGCAAGUGAAUUACAUGAUCGUUUCAUUGCUAGAUUUCUUCCUUAUAUGCCUAUUAUGACUCUGAAGUCAGCGUUGGAGUUAUACACAAAGUCUCAAUUGUUGUUUUGGACGGUAAUUUGUACUGCAGCAUUAUCAGAACCAGAGCCAACCUUGUACAUGUCUUUGGCCUCUCUUAUUAAACAACUUGCAAUAGAGACGUGCUGGAUACGAACACCAAGAUCAACACAUGUGAUACAAGCAUUAAUCAUUUUGGCUACUUGGCCACUACCAAAUGAAAAAGUCCUUGACGAUUCAUCUUAUAGAUUUAUUGGUUUGGCAAAGAACUUAUCACUACAACUUGGAUUGCAUCGUGGAGGUGAGUUUAUCCAAGAGUUUAGCCGUACACAAGCUUCAUUGGGACCUGAUUCCGAGUGCUGGAGAACUCGAUCAUGGCUUGCUGUAUAUUUUAAUGAUCAAUUUUGGUCAUCCACUUUAGGGUUACCCCCUUCCAUCAGUACAACGGAUUAUUUAUUAGAGAAUGCCCGUGUUGAUCAUACAUUGCCUAACAAUUUCCGAUGUCUUAUAUCGUUAUCGAUUUUCCAAAGUAAGUUGGUUAAUGUCAUGGGUAUUUCAGUAACCAGAUCCGAUGGGUUAUUAGAGCCACUGAAUCGUGCAGGUUCAUUGAAUAUCUUAGACCGAGAAUUGGACCGUUUAAGAUUUAAAUUGCCCAUAGAAGAAGGGUCUGCAGUCGAAGUGUAUUAUUUAUACAUUCGUUUAAUGAUGUGCUGUUUUGCAUUUCUUCCAGGUACACCCAUUGAAGAUCAGGUUAAGUACGUGAGUACAGCUUACACGGCAGCCACCCGAAUUAUCACUGUCACUUCUCAAAUGCUAAAAAAUGUGCACUUGAUUGAAUUACCCAUCUAUGUUAGACAGUCGUUGACAUAUUCUGUUCUUUUAUUGUUUAAGUUACAUGUUUCUCGGUAUUUGGUUGAUAAUUGUGUUGAUAGUGCACGUCAGUCUAUUGUCACUGUCCACAGAUUGUUAAGAAAUACUUUAUCAUCUUGGAAGGAUUUGCAGAAUGAUAUUAGUCGUACCGCAAAGGUUUUGGAAAAUAUGAAUCUUGCCCUUUAUUCAUGUCCUGAAAUAUUCCUUGAAGAUAAUUACCAAGCAGGAAGUAGCAUCAUUACUCGGAUGAGAUCACAUUUGACUGCUUCAUUAUUUUAUGAUUUGGUUUGGUGUGUUCAUGAAGCACGUAGGAGAACUAUUGCAAACAAAAAGCUGUUUGAAGAUGCCAAAAUCACUACCGAAGCUGUCCAAAACCGUAAAUUGGCUCCACUACCGUUCUAUAAUCAAAUUACAAAGGAAGAUUUCCAAGCAAUGACCUCCAUCACCCCCAAUGGUACCACGAUUACAACUUUAGUACCAACUGAUCAUGCCAUGCAACAAGCAAGAUCUAACACUGGAACAGAUAGUCCUAUGGCCAUUAAUGGUAUCCCAUUAGCUAUGCUUGGUGCCACUGGGAGUAUCAAAGACAAAAUAUCAUCAGGAUCUCAAAAGAAAGGAAGUUUACCUUCAUCAAAAAGAGCAAUAAGAAGAGCAGCUUCCAAGAAGAAUGUGAUUACAUCACCAAAGAUGGAGGCAACAUCAUCCUCACAAAUUGAAACUCCUAAUCUUCCAAUGCAUUCAUUUACACCUGUUGCACCACAAAUGUCGUCUACUACAAUGACACAGCCAAUGACGUCACAACAAAUGACAGGGCCAGUGAUGGGCGGGGACAUUGAAGAACACAAGAUGAAUUUCAAUGUCAAUGAAUUUUACCCUCAAGAGACAUCCGAUACUCCAACACUAUCUCGUUCAAUGGAGCCUCCAAUGGCGUCCAUGGUUGAAACUCCUGUAGAUGCUUUGACUGGACAACCACUCUUGCCAUCAUCAAGAAAUAAUAUGAAUGACAUGGGAGAAGUGUCAAUUCCCGAUGGAAUGGACUCGAAUAUCCAAGGAUUACCUGCUCAUAAUAAUGAAUUGGCCAAUCACAUGUACAGUUUCUUUCAGCAACAGACUAAUGGGUGGCUUAAUGAAGAGAAGAGUCAGGACGAUGACUUUUUAGGUUGGUUUGAUGCCAAUCUUAUGAACGAUAUGUAA